CGAGGAAGGUGUCCUCUUUAUUAGAGAGAGAAGAAGGGAGAGAAGGACGAAGAGAAGCUUCCCGAAGGAUGGCCGCCGCCCCUCCGCCGGAGAUGGCGCUCUCCUCCGCGGCGGACGGGUCGGACGACGAUGAUGGGGACCAGUGCCGCAUCUGCCGCUUCCCCGCUGACGCGGAUCGUCCCCUGCGCCGCCCCUGCGCCUGCAGCGGCAGCAUCAGGUUCGUCCACGACGACUGCCUCCUCCGAUGGCUCGCCACCAGCCGCCAGUCCCGGUGCGAGGUGUGCAGCCGCGAGAUCACCAUCAGCCCGCUCUACGCCCCGAACGCGCCCGCGAGGCUGCCCGUCUCCGAGUUCAUGCUCGGCCUGGCCAACAAGGCCAUGGGCUGGGCCGUCCUGCUGCUCUCCCUCAUCUUCGCCAUGGUCCUCUGGGAGUUCGUCAUGCCCAUCACCACGCUCUGGACGUGGCGCAUCGCCCUCUCCAGGAGCUUCGCCCAAGUGCGCAGCCUGCUCUCCGUCCGCCUCUCCGCCAGCUCCAUCUUCGCAGAUGGCAUCUACAGGUUCAGGUUCAUGCCCUCCGUGGACACCAUAGUGGCCUGCGUGUCUGCCAGGAGAGCCUUCGUCAGGGACCUUGGCCAGUUUAGGCAGCGUAACGGGCUUGCCAGAAUCGCUGCUGAUGCUGUUGCUCCAUUGGCCCUCUGGAUUGCUCGCCUGGAAGCUCGCCUUCAGAACAGAUUUGGGGGGAUGGAUAGCCUGCAAGUCCUCGCGCUACAUACUGUUGAAGCUUCCUUGAUGGUGGUAAUAGUUGACAUAGCCAUUGCUUGUAUUUUUGGUUUUGUCCCUUUCUCGUUGGGAAGGAUAAUCCUAUGGUGCAUAUCAUCUUUCUACUUUGGAAAUACGGCUGAAGUCAACCCAAACGCUUCAACUGGUUAUAUCCUUUUCAUUGGAUAUAAAUUUAUCUUUUCACUGGGUGUUACUUUUGCGGGGAUGCAUACUUUCGGUCAAUACUCAAGGGGCGAGCGCCUUCUGAUUGCAGUUUUCUUCAAGGCCUCGGUCAAUGUGAUAUGCUGGUUGUUGAGCCCCUUUACAAGACUGCCUGGUAUACAUGUUAUGGUCCGUAAGGCAUUCUCUCUGGCCCAGAAGCUCUUCAGAGGCAUCGCAAAUUUGAUCACUAUUAUCAAUAUUUCUCUCAAUCUCAUAAACAUGGCUUUAAUAUUCCCUUUGCUCUUCGGAUGGUCUCUUGAUAUCUGCACCUCAAAAAUGUUUGAUGCAACAGUAUAUGAAAGGUUCAAAGUUUUAUGGGCUUCAUCAUUUUCUUCUAUUGCUCUUCAUUGGCUUACUGGAUGCAUCCUUUAUGAACUACGAUCCAUGUUGCCCAGUCUUCUCCGUCCGAUACUGAGGACAGGAUUUAAUAUCCCAUUUGUCCAACUUGCUGAAGAGGAAAAUGAGAAUCUAGGCUUACGUGAACCAUUCCUUAAAUUUUUUUUGAAGAGGCUUCCUGGUCUUUUUGUUGGCAUUGUCUAUCUUGGUAUGGUCAUUUUUGUUCCUGUUCAAACUGCUUGUCGGUUGGCACCUAAGUUGUUCCCAUUAGAUAUCACCUACUUUGAUCCUCCUACUAAGGGCACAUCGCUUUGGCAAGCGCCACGGAACUAUGCAGAGUUACUUUCUGGUGCUAUUCUUCUGAGGUUUCUCAUUUGCAAUACACUCAACUACCUCAAGCCUGGCACAUUAGUGGAGAAGAUGCUGAGAAUUUGGUUUGCCAGUACUGGACGAGCUCUUGAUCUAUUAGAUUUGUUGAUUGUCCAGCCUGAUGGAGCCUGUGGACAUGAGGUUGGGAAUGCUGUUGUACCAAAUGACCAGUAUGGCAGCACUUAUGAAGCUAAGGCUAAAAGGAAAUUUGUUGCAGUUCGAGUGAUGCUACUUGUAAUGCUAGCAUGGUUGACUGUUGUGGUAUUCAACUCCGCUGUGCUUAUUUUUCCAAUUUCAGUUGGGCGUGCAUUGUUGUUUUCCAUCCCUCAGCUGCCAGUAGCAGGUGGAUUGAAGUCCAAUGAUCUGUUUGCUUUCGCUGUUGGAUUUUGCAUCAUAUCAGCUAUUAUCGCUGCCUCUAGAGAUUCAUUUAUCUACAUCACUUCUGGGAGAACACACCUUCUAGCUUCUGUUAUCUGCAAGUGGGGUGUAGCUUCUAUGAAGAGCGCUCCGCUUUUGUUCAUAUGGAUUGUUAUCAUCCCUGUUCUGAUCGGAGUGCUGGUUGAUUUUCUCUUGAUAUCACCCUUCAAGUUCCUGGUAGAUCUAGUAGUGAUAUCACCCUUCACUGUGCCAGCCGAUGACAUUCCAGUUCUAGACCUUUUCAGUAUUUGGUUCCUGGGGCGGCUAUUGCUGAAAUUCUGGACUAAGUUGGCUCAUUGGAGAACAGAUGCCUCUUUCCUGGCCUAUUUCAUUGAUGGAAGAUGGUACCCGAAGCUUACUCGGGCAAGGGAGGACGGAUUUGCAGGGUUGAGGGCAAUGUGGGUGUUGCAAGAUGUACUGGUACCUAUCACCAUGAAACUAGUGACUGUUCUGGGUGUUCCUUAUAUACUUGCGAAGGGCCUCUUCCCAAGAUUUGGCUACUCUGAUGCGGUGAACUCAGCGGUGUACCAUUUUGCAUGGUUGGGCAGCCUCGCGGUGUGCGCCCUCUGCUACCUUGCCAAGGCGUUCUACAGAGUCCUGGUGAAACUCCAUGAUUCUAUCAGGGAUGAGCGCUAUAUUAUCGGGCAGAGGUUGCAAGACUACACCGACAACAGCUGAAGGCUCUUUCCCUUACAAGUUGAUUCACAGUAGUUAGCUUAAAAGUAGUGACAAUUAGCAUGCAAUGUGAAGAGGCCAUGUUACUGGCAGAGAGGAUGCAGAUGAGAUGUUGGAGAGGUUACUUGUAAAUAUGGAUGUAGUUUUCCUUCCAUUGAUGUGGUCUUUCAGGUGAUGUGGGCACGUUGCUGAAUCUCGAUGUUCUGAUAGUUCUCGUGGGCUACUUUCUGCACAACUUAAUUUUCUUUUUCCGUCGCUGUGACAUGCUCGUGUCAUGGUUUCAGGUGGAUUUGGUAUUUCAACUAA